CUUGAGGACCCGGAUCGAGCUGCGUCGCUGGCUGUUUGUCUUCACCCCAACCCCCCCUCACUCCGGUGACCACCGACACAGAGAGGCUCCCCACCCCCUCACCGGGACCGCACUGACAAAACCCACACCCCACCCUGGGACGGCAAUGUGACAGAGUCCCUUCAGCCGACAGGACCCCCCUCCCUCGGUGACCUGCCGUUUCUCACACACGGCCUGCCCAGGUGUGGUGAAUGCAUCUCUCUUCUGGAUUUUGCAGCUGUGGCAGUUUGAAUCUUUCUGCUGGCAUUUAGCCUCAGGAAGCAUCAUGUUCCGAGUGACUAAAGACUGAAAGUGAUUAUUCUUGUUACUGGUUGUGGUUCACAAAGCGUGCAGUGGGAAUGGCCGGGCACUUCCGCAGCUACGUAUGGGACCCCAUUCUUAUCAUAUCUCAGAUUAUCCUGAUGCAAUGCAUCUAUUACAGUUUCCUCGGCAUUUGGUUAGCUGUGGUGGACAGCCUGGUACAGAACAGUCGCUCACUCGAUCAAGUAUUUAGCUAUGAGGUGCUGGGAUUUUCCACAGCUCAGGGAAGGCUAUCGAUGAUGGCAUUUGUCCUCAAUUCACUCACAUGUGCCCUUGGAUUGUGGUAUUUCAUUCGAAGAGGAAAGCAGUGUUUGGAUUUUACUGUGACCAUCCAUAUCUUCCACUUCAUGGGCUGCUGGAUCUACAACUUACACUUUCCCACAGCACUGAGCUGGUGGCUGGUGAACAUUGUGUGCAUUGCAUUGAUGGCUGUGAUAGGAGAGUACUUGUGCAUGCGGACAGAACUGAGGGCCAUUCCCGUGAACAGUGGACCCAAAUCUAACCUGUGACACGUUGUGCAGAAUCCUGAACACACAGCACCUCAGAUUUGUCCGAUUGUGAAUGAAACUGCCCAAUGACCAGUGUUAAAUAUUUAAUUUCAAUGUUAACAAGACUUCUCUACACAAUGCAAUAACAUUGAAUCCUUAUUUUGGCCACUAUAAUAUAACUUAUGUAAAGUGAAAA